AUGACAUACUUGGAAACCGCCGGCAGCGGUGAAGACGACAAUGGUGAAGACGACUUUGGCUCGGACAUCCCUUACGACGACGAGCUCGAGGAGGCACUGCGCAAGGCCGAGACGAACGCGGCGGUUGUUGACAUUGAAGACGCGGUAGCCAUCUCGCCGCUCGAGCAGUUUAAGCGCGGCAACUACCUCUCCGUCUCGGACCUGGUGGGCACUGUGUGGUGUGAGGUGCAGUAUGACUAUCGCCUCCGCACGCUCCCCUUCCUUCCUGUCGACAAGCGGCCCACCGUCAUCACCAGCAAGCAUGGAGCGGAGAUUGCAGUCGACAAGGCCAAGGUGGAGGGUAAAGAGCGCAUCCUGCGUCGCGGAGAGAAGAUCCACAAGAGGCUCGAGAGGGAGAUCCACCCGGAGACGGUCGUGGUCAAGACCGAGACGCGCGAGGAUGCCUGGGGUCUGAGGAUCAUAAACAUGCUGGCCUCGCUGGAGGCGCUCCUCACUCUCGGCGUGUGUCGCGAAAUGCACGUUGCAGGGUUCGUCGACGACGUGUUCGUGCUCGGCAUCAUCGACGAAAUCUCCCGUGUGGCCAUGGACGGUAUCGACUCUGGCCCCGACUCCAAGCACUCGUCGCCCGCUCGUACCCGCUCGACGCGCCAGUCGUCGCUGGCAGAGUACUUUGGCGGGCCGCGGGCGCGCACGCACCGCCUGCGCGUCAGCGACAACAAGACCCGGGCCCAUGCCACUGUCCCACAGGAAAAGGACAGUCUGUCCGGCCGCCUCCAAGUCAUGGUCUACAAGGAGCUCCUUGAUGCGCUUCUCGUCCCACGUAGCGAACCCGUGGCGGCCACUGAGGACGGAGGCACCACGCCUGCGUCCCUCCUGCCGACCGACAACGCUUCCGGGCUGUCAAGCCUGUUUGCGCGACUCGGUCUCGACGAGAACGCCCAGUUUACAGAAAAGUUUCUGCUGGACACCCGCCUCGUCGUGAUCGGCAACGACCUGCGCUGGGGAGCAGGAGAGGCGCGUACCUUGGCCGAAUUUGUGCCGGUCUGGGACCGAUACGUUGUCGCCCUUGGCCUCGGCACGCCGCCAACACACGGCGGCAAGGCUGGGGACGGUAUCACGGACGAGUCGCUCCAGCUGGUCUACCGCCGCGCAGCGGGGAAACGUCGCGAGAAGGGCGCCAGCGACAGGCGAAAGCGCCGCAAGGGCAAGCGGCGUGAGGUUGACGCCGAGGUGCCAGCCGACAGUGGGACGGAAUCGGAACCCGAGAACGGGCCAAAGGCAGGGCUGGUGGACGACCUGCAGCUCGCCAUCCAGCGUAGCCUCAUGGACGUCGCUGGAGGCGCAGGAAGUGGGACCGCACAUAGUCAACCAGACACCGAGGACGCCGACCUGCAGCGCGCUAUCAAGAUGAGUCUCGAGGAGUCUGCGCAACCCAUCGAGGUGGACGAUGAAGGCCAAGUGGUGGCCUCCACUGCUGAGCCCGAAGCUCAAUCGCUCAGCGGCAGUCCUGUCGACGAACCCGCACAGCAGUCUGACGCGGCCGAGGUAGCAUCAUGCUCCCAAACUGUCCCUGUGGAACCACCCAUCGACAGCUCCACAGUCGGCGGCACCGAAGACGCCGACCUUCAGCGUGCCCUUCAGCUCAGCCUUCAGGUCAACACACCCCCGGGCGAACCCUCCGGCGACGGCCUGGUAGUGCCAUUGAACACGCGCUCCACACGCGCCCGGCCGGCGUCUCGCGUAAGUUUCAGCGGCGACACGGACAGCGAGCGUGAGCGUGAAGACGACCAGCUGGCAUGGGCCAUCGAGCUGUCAAUGGGCACCCAGCCCGAGCCGGCGGUUGUCGAAGUACCGCUCCUGCGCCUGUCGCAGGAAGCCGCGUCGGGGUCGCAGCCACCACAGACGCCGUCCAAGGGGAAAGCCAAGUCGUCAUCCGAGCCCCCCUCACCCAAAUCCCCAUCCAAGCCCAAGGAGGACACGGACAAGGACAAGGACAAGGACAAGGAGGACAAGAAGAAGCUUUCGGAAAAGUCUGGCGGUAUCAUCGGCACCAUUACAUUCUCUCACGACCGCGUGUACCUCGCCGACCACCUGCGUUCCGUCCUGGGCUACUGGAAGGGCGAGCGGGCACCGCAGGGUGUCGGGCCGGCAGACACGAAGCGCUGCGAGUGGUGCGAGUUUGAGGAAGGGUGCGAGUGGCGCAUUGCAAAGGCGCAAGAGCACCGGAUGCGAUACUUUGCGAGCAGGAACAACUCGAUGGCGAUGUAG